AUGUAAAUCGAUUUAUUAGAGUAAUAAAUAGUAAAGAAGAAAAGAUCGCGAUCAAAUAAAGACAAUGGAGAUUCCAUACCUGCAUUUUUAUUGAAAACCUAUGAAAUAAUAGAUGUAUUUAAAUUUUUAAAAUUAGAAUCCAUAAAAUCAUGAGAUAAUCAGUUGGAAUGAAGAAGGAACUGCCUUCAUCGUUAAGAAAGUUAAUGAAUUUUCUGACAUCAUCUUACCUAAAUCAUUUAAGCAUAGUAACUUUGCUUCGUUCGUUCGAUAAUUGAACAUGUACGAUUUUCACAAAACCAGACAUGAUAACAACGAAAAUGAAUUCAAGCAUAAAUUGUUUUAAAGGGGUAAAAAGUAAGUUUUUUGUAUAUUGUAGGCAUUUGCUUAGUUAAAUCAAACGAAAGACAAAUGAUGUCAAAGAAUAGAAUUCAUUGAGUCUAAUCAAAAAUGAAUAGGUAAGGAAUGGACAAAGUGAAAUUCCAGAGGUAUGUCUAUAUAUAUAAUUAUAAGAUUAUAAUGUAAAUGGGAAAAUUAUCAAACAAGUAAUAGGAACUAGAAAAAUUAAUGAAAAUUCUGAUCAAGUAAAAUGAAAAGAUAAUGAAGGAGAACAAAUAUUUAUGGAGUGAAUUAACUAAAAAUAAGUACUAUAUAUAUUAAUAUAGAGGCAUAAAAAUGAAAACUCAGAAGAAUAAAUAAUGAAAUGGGUGUUGUAAUCAUUAUAAGGAACUAAAUAGAAUAAUAAGCACAAGACUAAUUUCUAAACAAAUAAUUUGUUAAUGUUGAAAUAAACCAGUGAAAAUGAUGAUGAAGUUUAACUUGAAGCAUAAAAUUAAAGAAAUUUUGAAACUGAAAAAUUGUAAUUUGAUUAGUUGCCAUCUCAAAUUAUCAGUUAAAAUUUAGAAUAAUAGAUUGAAAAACUAUCAAAAAAUCAAAUUAUAUAAGUGCUUAUGAGUGCUAUAACAAGCAAUUAAAAAUAAGAAAAAAAAAAUACUAUGAAAUUUGAAGAUGACAUUAGCUUUGAUGAUGAAUAUCCAGUUAUGAAGAAAAUCGAUUUAAAACAAGAUAAUUAAGAUAGAAAAUAAGAAAAUCAACUUAUGGUUUAUAGUGAACCCUAUUUUUUCCAUAAAUUAGAAGAUAAUUAUAUUAUUUCAGAAUCACCUAAUCCAAGUCGCAAAAAUUCUUUUUAUGAUCAAGAUCCUAUUCCUUAAUUUUUGGAAAGUGAAUUAUGA